AUGCCAGACUCCCCUCUCGCCGGCCUGGAUGUGCGGGCGUCCGACGUCGCGGCCGUCGAGCACUCCGUGCUCGCCACCGCCGAGGCCAACGCGUCCAAGGCCGAGGCCGAGGAGCGAGCGCGCCUUCUCCGCGACCACGACACCCAGCUCUCCGCCCUGCUCAAGCAGGAGCGUAUCCUCAGCGCUGGCCGAUUUUCCACGCAUGCCAACCGCCAAAUCAAGGCCGUGCGCGCCCGCAUUGACACUAUCAAGGCAAAACGCAAGCGCAUUAUUGAGGCCGCCCAGGCUAGAGAUGAGAUUAGAGACCGCGGCCAGGAGGGCAGGGGGAAGGACCCCGCAGGGACGGUCGUGCAUAAGGAAGAGGGUGAGCGAGAUACCGACUUUUUGAUCAGGACUGGCAAACUCACUCCUUUUGAAGCACAGAACCCUGGCGCCACGCAAGCGAGGAACCCGGUCCGGAGAAGGAGGACGAAACUCGGUGAUGUUGAGUUUUCAGCCCCUGUCGCGGGUGUCGACGGCACUGUUUUCCCGCCACACGUAGAAAGCGCUGAUGCAUCUGCCAGUGAUGGCAAUGUGGACCCUGUCACAUUGCCUACAUCGUCUGGUAGAUAUCGUGCGGGCCCAAUUGCUGCUGAGCAGCCUAGCUUAAUUGCGAGCGAGGGUGAGUCGGACGGUGUUCAUCCAGAAACCAGUGCAGCACGUGCGAAACCUGUAGCAAAGAGACGACGACCGACUAGCGAUUCUGGCAGUGGUGGGGAUGAGUACAAACCGGAUGAGUCAGACGACAGCCUUGCCGAUGAGUUAGAGUGGAAGCCUGAAGGAGCGAAGAAGCGCAAAAGAUCACCGAACUCUGCGUCGUUUCACGACAUUGUAGAUGACGCAGACGACGAAAUUCCAGGUCGGAGCGAUACGCCUGAAGUGGAUGAGGGCCCGCAACUUCCUGAAGGCGAUGACUGGAAGCUAGAUUCGACAGAGGAGAUUGAAUUGGAUGGCGGGAUACGAAUACCGGCCUCGAUAUAUGAUAAGCUCUUUGAUUACCAAAAAACUGGAGUAAGCAGAUGUUGUCGCUGA